AUGUCAUUUCCUAAUAAAAGAAUCAUUGCUCGAGAUGUUACCACCAGCGUAGAUCAGCCCACUUCGACCAACACCAAAACUUCAACAUCCUUUGAUAAUAAAUUAAAUGAACCGGCGGCGAUAGCUCUCAUCGCUAUUGCAAUUUCUGUCCUUGUCAUUGAGAAACAAAGUCGUGGGCUAAAACCAUUUUAUUUGCAUCCACGAAUUGAGCCCGUCCAACACCAGCGCAGCCGAAAAUCUCCAAAAGCUCCAACUUAUGAUUCAAAUAUUACUGAUUUUGAGGAGGAAGGAAAGGAAGAGCCAUUUGAGGAAUCUUAUGCCGAAGGUGCGGUUGGAUCAGCGGCAGUUGCAUCUCAACACCCUGGUCGCAAUAUACCCACUAGAUCGCAAACCAUGUAUGGCACCACCAAUCCUUCAUCUUCGACUCAUUAUCCAAUAUUACAAGAACAUCAUUUUAUGUCAUCAGACCAAAACGAUAAUAAUAACAAUUAG